AUGAUCCUGGAUUACAUCCACUUGACUCAUGCGCCUACUCAUUCACACUAUAAACUUAAUGUUCUUGACGUAUUCAAGUGUCAUCGAGCAUCUGAAUCAGAGAAUUUCCACGACGUAGGCUCCAGAAUGCUGCUCUGGCAUGGCAGUCGCCUUGUCAACUGGAUGGGCAUUCUAAGCCAUGGCCUGCAGGUAGCUCCUCCCGAGGCUCCAGUUACUGGUUAUAUGUUUGGCAAGGGAAUUUAUUUUGCCGAUUGUGCUUCAAAAUCGGCUAAUUAUGCUUAUCCAACAAGAACUAGGAAUAUCGGACUCAUUAUCCUGUGCGAGGUUCGUUUUUAA